UUCGACGCGACAUAAUCGCUUUCUCGUCUGUGCUCAUUCACCGCAUUGUGCCAUACACCAUAGAGCUAAUGCUCUAACAGAACUUUUAACACGUAGCCAUUUUAAAAGUUUAAUCAUCAUGUCGACUUUAAGUCAUCAUCCGUACGCAUUCUCCAUGCAUCCUGGCAUGUUACCUGAGUAUCCAAGUGCGCCGCAGCCGCUCCCGGCAUCUUCUCCGCAGUCAGAGGGUCACAUCAAGAGGCCAAUGAACGCCUUCAUGGUCUGGUCCAGACUUCAGAGACGUCAAAUUGCAAAGGAUAACCCGAAGAUGCACAAUUCAGAAAUCUCGAAGAGGCUCGGAGCGGAAUGGAAGUUGUUAACGGAAAUGCAGAAACGACCGUUCAUUGAUGAAGCUAAGAGACUGAGAGCAUUACACAUGAAGGAACAUCCGGAUUAUAAGUACAGGCCCCGCAGGAAGCCCAAGCCCCCGACGCCAGGCGGUGCUCCAGGAGCCGGUGCGUUCCCGAGUUUCCCGCUCCCUUACUUUGCUGGUCCCGCGCCCACAGUUGGACACUUGGACGCUCUAUCAUAUCCUGCAGUGCCACCGUAUUUCCCACAUCAAUUAGACCAUCUACAGUUCUCUAAACUGAUGGCGCCGACGGCAGAAAAAUUGCCGACGGUAUCGUCGUCCGCCGCCGCUGUCGUGUCGUCAUUCUAUUCUUCACUGUACACAUCACCGGCGCCUCCAAAGCCGUUCUCGUCACCAUUAUUUCCACAAUAUGGAGUAGCACCUUCAUCACCAGUAUCACCAGUGACGCCAACGCAGCACAGUCCUCAUGACGACCAACUAAGGCGGCCGGUGUCUGUUAUAUAUUGAAGACCGACAUGCCUUCCUUGAAAGAUCCUAAUCUUUUAAGGUUCGGCAGAUGCAGCAGACGCAGCUAUAGUUAUAAGUGUUACAGACUGUGAAACUAUAAAAUUGUAUGGACAUUAUUUAUUGACAUUAGAGUUAUAGUUGAAGAUCAUUGGAGUGCGGCUCAUAUCAUGUGCUUGUAAAUAUUGAGAAGUCUAGGCCAUGUAGUGUGGCGAUUGAGUUUAAACUGUGAUUUAUGUUUUCGAUGCAUCAUUUAAUAUUUAAGGUAAAGUAGCGCCGGUUCGUUAGUUAUGUGAAGUGAGAUUGGUACCAAAAAGAGAUUAUUUUCUAUAGGUGUCUCUAACAUUAGCUAAAUAGUUGUGGAUUGUAUUAAUGCGAAUCCCAAUAUCGUUUUUCUUGUCAUAUCUUUCGUCUGUUUGUUGAGUUUGAUUGUUUUGUCGAACCACGGAGCCGUUUGUGGUUCUCUCUCUUUAAUUCCUAUUGAUAUUAUCUGUAUUUUAUUUAUUGACUUCCGUGUAUUUGUAAUUACCUGUACAUUAGUUGUCUACAUUGUAAGUUAUUAGUGCAUUCCAAAUGUAUAUAUUAGUGUUUAAUUUAAAAUCGAUGUCAGUACCAACGAUGUAUUAUAGUAUUUGAGAACAAAGUUUGUUAAUGCCAUAAAAAUAAACACUAAAUUGUUUUUAUUUUAA